UGUUUGUUCCCCCUGAAAUGCUUUCCAGCGGAUUCAAUAUGAGUAAUGUUGUAAAACGACCAGAAUUCAAAGAAAAGUUUGUUGAAACAAGCAAAGAUCUAUUUAAAGGCUCAACACUCUACACCACAUCGGACGAAGCUUCUAUAUUUUGGGACAAUUACCUUAUCCUACCUGUCAAUGCUUUAUGCAUUACACAAUUAAUCCAGAGUCAAUCCGAAGAAAGUCUUCUUGAUUUACAGCACAACUUGAGUGGCCUCUUUCUCGCAUGUCUAGAAAAACUAGAGACGACCAGCACUUGCAUGAGCGACACAACACGUCAAAAGAACGCCUUGGCAGUACUCACUGUCCUCAUUCGAAAUCUCUUUUCCAAGAAACGUCUCACUCAUUUUAAUAUCAUUUCCAUUCUAACUGGACUUGAUAAAGCAGAUGUCUUGUUUUCGAAAUUAGUCAAAGCCAUGGAGACAACUUUAGAACAAGACGAAUUAAGGCAUCUUGUGUUACAAUUAGCUUUAGUCAUGUCUGCCGGUAGCGACAAUGUCAAUCAAAACGGAUUGAAUGGUUAUUUCAUGACAAAUGAUCUAUCAAAGACACUGUUCAAGAUUUUGGCAGAGCAAGAGACAGAUCAAAAUGACACAAGAGAUAUCGUCAUGUUAUUAGGAAUGCUGUCAAAUUAUAAUAAAUAUGAAUCCAGAAACCCGUAUCUAAUACAUCUAACAAAUUGCAAGCAAACACAAGCAUUGGAGAAUAUUAUCAGCAUGUAUACAACAACAUUUAUCAGUCUCAGAAGCCGAUAUAUUCAAAUAAACGACGAUGAAGAAACUCUUUCCAAAACGUUGGUUACAUACAUGUCACGUUGGUUUUCUUCUUCAGCUCCUCCAGCUCCUUCAGAUGCUGAAAACUCACAAUCUUUAUCCAGUCUGCCAUCAGCACAGACAGCUUUACUUUUGCCACUUUACGAUUUUAUCAAUACCAAUUCUUAUUUUGUCAACACGCUAGUCAAUACAUGUUCUCGUAUCGAUGCAGAGUCAAAAGAUCAACCGGAUGACAAGACGACGUUACUGACAGCUCUAUUAUCAUUUGCAUCCUAUCUUUUUCAAAAUAAUCGCACAGAUCGAACAAAUACCUAUUCCAGAUUAUUAUUAACCAUCCUCUUGCGUUUGAUGGAGGAAAAUGCAAUCAUGAACUAUAUCGCAAGAGAGGGUUCCUCUGCAAGCGUUCGACUCUGCCGUCAGCGCUCACCACCACUCCCAUUGCUGAAAUCCCAACGCUCCUUGUUUUGCAUUGUGUUAGAUAACAUGUUACUUUUUAUCAAGCAUAACGUUCGAAAGAAGUUGGAUCUAUUUUCCUACAAACUUGCGUACUCUGUGAUUCAUCGUAUCCUGUGUUUUAUCAGCAAGCACAAGAUUAGACUUGAGUAUCAUUGGGUGGAACUUUGGCCUACUUUAACCUCUGUGCUCCAUUUUAAUGCACUACGUUUAGAAGAUCUUCAACAAAAGGAAGAAUUUGGUUUAUAUCUCGGAUCCUUCAUGAGUGUGUUUAAUAUGUGUGUCACCUAUGGCGAGACAUUCUUAUCGGACACAAAGAGUUACGAUAGUCUUUACUAUGAAAUCAUUCGAGCUACCACGGAUUUCAUCCAAUUGUCUGAAUAUGUAAAUCGAUCCGUGAUGGUAAAGUCAAGAGGAGAUAGAUCGCCUUCUAUUACAUUUAACGAAUUUUACAAUAUUCAAUUGAUUUGCAAUCAUUUCAAACCUGCACUGGAUGAAUGGCAAGCUGCUAAAAAUAUUAAAUUUCCUACUCCAGAACAAGUGAUGGCUAUCAUCAAUGUAAAUUAUGCAACACUGGAAUUAAAGGCCAUGGAUAAACUGGAUUCGUAUGUGUCCUUUAAUGAAAUUCCUGCAGAAAUGGGGUUCUUUCGUCAAGUUUUGAGAGUAGUCGUGAUUGAUUAUUUAGAAUGUUAUAACAUUGAGCAUAUCAGCUUAAAAAAAUAAAGGGGUGGGGGAUAGAAUAUAUA